ACAGGCUGAUUGCCAACUACAAAAUUUCAUUCUCUUGACAGGCUAUUGAACAAUACCUUAAUCUUUCGCAUCAUAAUCAUCAAGCUAUCGUAUAUCCACUAUCGGACGAACACUUCUCCCAUCGAUAUUCAAUUACCCCUGUCUUGCGAAAGCUCCACGUUCUUCUGCGUGUGAGUCUCAAAGCACGCUCUUCAAUUUUGUCGGCUGAGGCACUCAAUCAUUCGUUGCAAGUCACCUCCAGAGUUGCUGAUGGGAACUGCACGCUGCGGUUUUGUUUCCAUCUUUGAUGCCGACACCUAACCUUUCCCGGCCUAAUAGCUUGAAUACCUUUUUUUUUUUUUUAACCUUGCAGGAAUAGCAUCGGAGAGGGCGCGCCUCCUUGCCUUUCUCGAUCGGUGCUCUUUUGUUUUUCUUGUGGAGUAUUACGGUCGCUGUGGACUCCUUACGGAUAUUUGGUAUGAUAUUCACGUUAGCUUCCUGCGCUUUGUAACCACGUAGCACCCAAAAGUCUUGCUUCCGCGCAAAGCUGACCGCAUAAAACGGAAGCUGAAAAAACGCAUCGACAGUUUUCGACCGUCCCGUUACAUCGCAGCUCGCCACUUGCCCUCGAGUGUGCAAUAGAUAAGUCACAGCCCACCGGAUGGUGCACACACCUUUUACGACGUGCAUCGUGUACAGCAGCCACUACUCACCCCCUCUCAAUAUCCCUGUUAUUUUAGAUGCGUAGCCGCUCACACUUCCGCUACGUUGUAACCUUCAGCGAUCGUGAAAAAAAAAGGUAAAAAAGAACAACAAAGAAAGCACCCAGCGUAGCAUAAAAGUCGCAGGCGUAUCGAAAUUCAGCUCACCAUACGAGGAGGUGCGAACAUUGCGAGCACACGCACGCCCACACGAGCAGCGAUGGAGGUCCCCUGGCGGGUGUGCUUCCUUGCAACUUUGGCCGUAGUUGCAACGGUAAGCGCGUCGGCCUCUUGGAGCCCGAGUGCCAAGGAAGUGGACGCAGCCAUGGAGAAAGCUUGGGAAACCUUGCGUGCCGAGGCCCACUCAGCGCGCAUGCGCAGAGACAUAGGCGAAGCGGGCCGUGCGGCAGGCUGUCCGUCGGCGUCCGUGCGCCACCAGCACAGCCGGCGAGCGACCAGGGAAGCAGUCGAGCUCGCCCAAGUGGCGCGGCUCUUCGAGGAGACAACGAAGGAGCUGUUGAGGAGCCACAGCGACUCCCGGGCAGAAGUCGAAAGGCUGGAGGCGACCGACCUCAACUCGACCGCUCUUUCCGGCUACUGCCCGCUGACCAACGUCACGUGCAACUUGACGAGGAAAUACCGCGAAGCCGGCGGAAAGUGCAACAACCUUCAGAACCCCGGAUGGGGCUCUGCGGCUUCCUGCAUGAACCGCUUGCUUCCCGCAGAUUAUCAGGAUGGUGUCAGUUCACCUCGUGUGGCAGCCGAUGGUAGUGCGCUGCCCAACGCACGCAAGAUCUCGUACACCGUUCACCCGAACGCGAGCAACGCGGCCACCGACAUCACGCACAUGGUGAUGCAGCUGGGACAGUUCAUCGACCACGACGUCGCCCUGGCGCCCCUAAUGCCCGAUCCAGGGGAGAUCGUCAACCUCGGAAACCCCAACAACGUCGUGGACUGCUGCUCUCCGGGGAAACGCAACGCGCCAAACUGUUUCUCCAUCGAUAUCCCGUCGGAUGACCCGUUUUUCGCUCGUUUCAACCAGGUUUGCAUGAACCUUCCUCGCUCGGCUCCGUGCACACGUUGCACUCUAGGACAGAGGCAACAGCAGGACAUACUGACGUCCUACAUAGACACUUCUCAAAUCUACGGGAGCUCGGCGGCAGACACGCUUAGGCUUCGCACGAUGAACCACGGCCUUAUGAAGAACCAGCGCAACCUUUUCGCGGGGGAGCUGCUUCCCCGGAGCUUCCACGCCGACGAGGACCGCUGCAGCGACCCGUCAAAGGGGCAGUUCUGUUUCAGGGCAGGCGACGAGCGCGUCAACGAGCACCCAGGCUUGACGGCCAUGCACACAGUGUUUCUGCGCCAACACAACCGCAUUGCGCGUUUGCUGGGCCUGCUCAACUUGCGGCUGGGUGAUGAGGAGCUCUUCCAGAGGACCAAGCGGAUCGUGGAGUGCCAGUUUCAGCACAUCGUGUACUCGGAGUGGCUGCCCAUCGUCGUGGGGCCGCAGACGAUGACUCGCUUCGGACUGACGCCCCGGUCCAGUGGCUCCACCACGUACAAUGACAGCGUGGACGCGACCAUGCUGAACGAGUUCGCAGCAGCCGCAUUCCGCCUGGGACACACGCUCAUCGACGGAACCUUCGCCGCCAAAUAUCUGCUGGGCGGAACCACCUUCGAACUGCAGGACAACUAUUUCUUCCCGUUCGAGUUCUACGACGGCUUCCUCGAGCCAGUCCUUCGGGGCCUCAUGCAGCAGCGCGCGCAGGCAUUCGACAGAGACGUGACCGAUGGCGUGACGAACCACCUGUACCGAUUACGGAACGAAAGCUUCGGCCUCGACCUCGUCGCACUAAACCUGCAGCGCGCACGGGAACACGGCGUUCGACCCUACGUGGACUACUUUUACUUUUGCACGGGUGUCAAUCUGACGUCGUUCGACGCCCUCAAGCAGUACAUGGACAACGAUUCCGUCGAGAAGUACAAGGUGCUGUACAAAAACGUGCGGGACAUCGACCUCUUCACAGCCGGCAUAUCAGAGUUCUCCGUGCCGAGCGGUGUAGUGGGGCCUACGUUCUCCUGCAUACUGGGCCACAUGUUCCAGCGGCUUAAGUACGGUGACCGCUUUUACUACGAGCACGGAUCACAGGCCGGAUCGCUUACGUCAGCUCAACUUGAUCAGAUCCGCCGAAUAUCCUUCGCCAAGAUCAUCUGCGAGAACACGGGCGUGCUCGCCGUCACUCCCAACGUGUUUCGACCGGUUGGUGUCGGAAAUCCGCACACGUCGUGUUUCUUCCUCCCAGACACGGACUAUGCGUUAUGGGCGUGAACACUGGCUGAGUACUAUCGGAGAACCGUGGGUCCGGCGGACCAAUGGCACAUUAUUUGGGACUGUGCCAGGUUCCCCACCGAAGCCACCUCCAGGACAUACCCGCCAGAACUUCAAAGUGCACUGCAGUCUACAGACAAUGACACUCAGCUAUGGGCCGUCCAGCAGGCCCUGGGCGCGCUCGAAAAGCACAAGCCUCACGACCCACCACAGACGGGCCGAACUGGGGUAGCGCAGAGUAGGGCAUAACCCCGGAUCGACGCUUGACCAACGUCACGACGCGUUAAGCCGUCGGUUGCCAGCAUUUUAUUAAAGUUAUUCUGAUAUCCUAUCCUAACACGAAGUAGAGAGUGAUGACUGAAUAAAUGCUAUUUUAUAAACGAUGAA